AUGGCUGAGGCGCUGCGAGACCUGCUCGCUCCUGACCAGCAGGCUGACCCUGGCGCAUUGGAGUAUCUGAUAUACCUUGCAGAACAGCAGUCCGACUUCUUGCAAACCUCCGAGCCUCAGGUCCUUUCUCAGACGUCCCACUCACUCCUCCUGGCUGUCCAGGCACUUUCGAAGCGGUCACAUAAACCCGUCGUCGAGUCGGCAGCCAGCCAUGCCACGUUACGGCAGUCGCUGCCAACACUGGCCCAGCGAGCUUCCGAUCUUGUCCAAGCAGUACCUCGCCUUGAUGCGCAGGCAGAGCACUUCUCGUCCGCCUUUGGAAAGGCGAGCGAGAGCAAGUUGCUGGCUCGAAGAAAACAAGCCCUGCUACUCCUUCGAAACUCGGAGCGCCUCGUCGAUGUGAUGGAGAUGCCCCUGCUUCUUUCAUCUGCUGUCUCGGCCACCCCCGUCAACCAUUCGUCCACUCUCGAGCUCUAUGCCCACGUCCGUCGCCUGGCAUCCCUCUACCCAGAUUCACCCCUCGUCACAUCAGUUCUGGAGGAGGCGGACGCUGCCAUUCGCCAGAUGGCAGCUGAUCUCGUUGGCACGCUGAAGGCGCCCAAUCUGAAGCUGGCUGCCGCUGUUAGGACGAUCGGCUGGCUGAAGCGCAUUAUCCCAGACCUGGUUACAGACACACCGACUGAGGAUGCCCUCCCUGCUGUUUUCUUGGUCUGUCGCUUGGCCACACUUUUGACGACACUGGAAGCGUUAGAACCUCUCAGAGAUCUUGCCGACGAGGAACGCCUUCGGCAGGACAAGGCAGCUAGCUCAUGGUCUGGUGGGCAACAGACCGAGCGCUAUCUCAAGCGGUUCAUUGAGAUCUUCCGUGAGCAUAGCUUCAGCAUAGUCUCUGUCUUCAAGAGCAUAAGCUCGAGCUUUGCUCCACCAGCUGAGCACGAUGCCGACCCCUUGCGAUUGUUGCCGUCACCAAUGGCCACAUUUCCCCUCCACCUCGUUGAGAUGCUCGUCGAGACUUUGCGCAUUUAUCUGCCCACAGUCAAAGACCAGACGUCAAGGGAGAGCAUUUUGACGCAGGUCCUCUACUGUGCGGGUAGUCUCGGCAGACUGGGGGCUGAUUUCGGAAUGCUUCUCGCCUCCAUUGGCGUCGAUGAGUGGGUUGAGCUGGUCAAGCGACAUCGCCUUCUUGCUGGGCGCCUUGAAUCAGUCAUAGGCGACUAUCGAGGCAGUCAUGCUAGCGUCGCGAGUUGA